CAGGAACUGAAGGAGAAACACAUGCCGUAAACUGUCUGACUGGAUAAAGUGUUCGUGAGGAGCUGAAAUACAAAACACUUUCAAAGAUGAAGACGCCAUCAGUACUGAUCUCUGCAGUUUUGGCGCUGCUGCUCAGCCCGCUGAGGAGUACUGCUGCUGUCACCUAUCAAGGCGCUUUCCCACAUCCAAACAAAUACAACCCAAACGAGUCGGAUAGAUGCCUUCAGCCCGCCAUCAGUGGACUAAUUUCCCGCGGGAAUGGGCCUGUAACCUCGACCGACGAAGUGCUGGAGUCCAGUCAGGAAGCGCUCCACGUCACGGAGCGCCGGUACCUGCGUCUGGAUUGGUGCAAGACGCAGCCGCUAAAGCAGACCAUCCAGGAGGAGGGCUGCCUGAGCCGCACCAUCAUCAACCGGUUCUGCUACGGACAGUGCAACUCCUUCUACAUCCCGAGGCAUAAUUACCAGGACGGAGAAGCCUUUCAGUCCUGCUCUGCCUGCAAACCCAAAACCUUCAGCACCAUCACUUACACCCUCUUCUGUCCGGGGCAGACCCCCAGCACCAGGAAGAAACGGGUCCAGCGCGUGAAGCUGUGCCGCUGCACAACAGUAGAUACGGAUUAAAUGCAAACUAAUGCAUCCUGGUCCUCUUCCACUGGAGGAAAAGGGCAGCUUUGUGAAAGAAAAAAAACGGAAAGUGUAUUUUGCUUAAAGGACACAUGAGAAUAAAGUGGGAGGUGAGGAAUUUACCUGGGCCAUUCUUUAAUCAGUAAUUUACCACUAAUUUUGCUUACAGACAUCAUACAUAAGUGGUUUAUUCAGGUGGCACGUUCCUUCUAAGGUGACCUGCUUGUGUUUCAGUUUAAAGCAGACUGGUUUGUAACAACAUGCAGGAUAAUGGCUGUGCAACAUGUGUACCUUUUCAGAGUGUGUAUAUGGACACAUCUCCAAAGGACUCAGAUGUUUAUUGUUUCCACUGUGUGGGAUGUGUGAGUUUAAUAUAUGUAUCAUUUACUGUAAAGCUGCUUGUAAAUAAAACAGUUUUCAACCUAUUACAUCA